CGGCGCCGGUUAUUGCGAUCCUCAAUGAUCGAGUACAAGCAUGGGGCUCGACUGGUCCCCCGUGCGUCAGUAUCCAUAUGAUUGUCUGCCUUAGACAUGUAUCCGGUAUAUCACUAAAAUCGCCGCCAGUCCUCGCUACACGUUUUCCCCAGAAACUUGUCAACCUGUGACUUUCGGUUGUUACCCGAUACCUAAAUCGCGUCGAUGCGGUGGUAAUUCAAAAUGGAUUCGAAGCCUGCUCAUGGAUUGACAGUGACCGUCCCUCCACGCGACUCCCAGCAAAACCAGAGUCCACGGAGUUCAGACAGCAGCCAGUCCAGAGACAUGGAGAAGGGCAUUCAACCUCCCAUGAAGCCCUCAGGUCCGCUGGGUGGCCCUCCUGGCGGCGCUCCCGGACCUCCAGGAGGCUGGCUUUGUCAACGAAUGUCGAGACCACAGGAGAUACUCUUCAACAUCAUGGUGGCAUUCCUUCAGCUCAUUCCUCAGUCGACCCUGACAACCGUCUUCCCCGUCAGCAGAGAAAUUGCACAGUCGUUCGCAAUAAAAGAUCCCUCGAUCCUGCCGUGGCUCGUCGCUGCCUACGCCGCAUGCUUUGGUACCUUUAUCCUCAUUAGCGGCAGACUUGGCGAUAUCUUCGGACACAAGACCAUGGUGAUGACCGGAUACGCUUUCCUCGGUUUCUGGAGUGUCGUUGUCGGUCUAAGCCACUAUGCUGGCUACGAAUUGUUCUUCAUCGCCAGGGCUUUUCAAGGUCUUGGAGCCAGUCUGAUGGUACCGAACGGAUUGGCCCUUUUAGGACGAACGUACCCUCCCGGCUCGAAACAGAAAGUCAUCUCCUUCACGAUUUUCGGCGGAUGUGCUCCAAUUGGCGCAUAUCUGGGGAUGCUCUUUGGUGCGUUGUUCACCAAGUUCGCCUCGUGGCAGUGGAGCUUCUUCACCUUAGCCAUCGUUUGUGGCCUCCUGGCUGUCUCGGCACAUUUCGUGCUGAUCUCUCCCCCACCGACACCAAAACAACUGCGACCGGUCAGAGAGCAGCUUCGAGAUAUUGACUGGCUCGGUGCCGUAACAGGUAUUGGCGGUCUGAUCUGUGUGCAGGUCGCCCUCGUCUCGGCACCGGCAGCCGGGUGGAGCACUCAAUAUAUCUUCAUGCUGCUCAUCAUCGGCGUCCUCCUUAUCGUCUUCUUCAUCAUCACCGAAUUGAAGAUUGCCGAGCAGCCGCUCGUUCCCUUCAAGAUGCUCAAAGCAGACGUUGGCUUUGUUUUGGGAGCUGUCGCCUGUGGUUGGGCAACCUUUGGCAUCUGGACCUGGUUCCUGUGGAAAUACCUUCUGGGUGUCAAACAGGAUGCUCCUCUCGAUGCGGCUAUCCACGUUGUACCUAUCGUCCCCGUGGCAUUGAUCGCUUCAAUCUUGACUGCAUGGAUGAUGCGGGCGCUUCGACCCGCUUGGACUCUGUUCUGGGCACUUGUCGCAUUUACGGCAGGCCCUCUGCUUUUGGCGAUCGAUCCGAAUGUUGCAAGCACGACAUACUGGAGCUGGACGUUCUGCUCAUUACUCAUUAUGCCACUCGGCAUGGACAUGAGCAUGCCUGCUGCCACUUUUAUCAUGUCCAACUUCUUCCCUCCCCAGCAACAGGGCAUCGCCGGCAGUCUCAUCAGCACCACCAUCAAUUACUCCAUUUCGUUGGGGCUCGGCAUAGCCUCAACCGUGGAAGUCCAUACGAACAACCACGGCCGCAGCCCCAUGGCCGGCAUCCGGGGUGGCUGGUUCAUGGGCGUCGGACUCGGCGGACUCGGCAUCAUCGUCUGCAUCGCCUUCGUGGUCAAAUCCAUUCUUCACCCCACGCCUCUGCCGCCGAAAGGUCCUCCAGGUGGUCCUCCAGGCGGUCCUCCCGGAGCCGCAACCGGAGGUCCGCCCACGCAAAUGACGCCUCCCGAGUCUCCUCCAAACCCGAAUGGCAAGUCUCGUAGCAACACUGUUUCGAGUUUCGCAACGACCAUGGUCGAGGGCCCACUAAGUCCACAGCGCGGCGGCGACGUCGAAGACCUCAAGUCCUUCCAUUUCGACACACCAAUGCCCCAAAACCCUAUGACGACGCCAAUCAACAACUUUACAUCCCCACCCCGAACGACAUCACUCCAUACUAAACAGUCGCCCUCCUGGCCUGGCCGACCGGCUGCGGCCGCCGGAAUGGGUCCCAGCACAACAUCACCACCCAGACCACAAUCCAAAGACCAUACCGCCCAUAAACCAGCCCACAAACACUCCGAAAGCACCACGCCGCUGCGUUCCCGAGCAAGCUCGAACUCUCAAUGCCAUCUACCCUCACACACCCCUCGCGCCUCAAUAUCGGCACAGCCACAGCCCGCAACCUUACCAGCACCAAUCCAACCUGCCUAUCGCAGCCGCGGCAGUUGGGAAAGCGAAGACGACGACCACGACCGGGAGCAGUUCUGGGCGAUUUCUUCUACGCCGCCAGCAACGGCAAAUCGACAACCUCAACCGCACCCUGUACAUGGCAGGACGGCCCACCAUGGCCGGGACGUCGAUGGCUUCGAGCCCCAUGCUCGCCCCGUCGUGCCGCGGAUAAUGAUGGAUGGCUCACACGACUCUCUCUGCGGUCUCGAUCAAUACAUUCUUGAUCGAGGAAUACCUUUAUAAGCCGACGGUUCGGCACACCCUAAUGGUAAUGGUAACGACUAUUCAUGUGCUUGUACAUUUUAUCACGAUUAGAUGUGUGGACACAGUCACCUGGGACUCUCACGACAGAACCAGCGGCGACCGCUGGCUGCGAUUGAUGGUCAGCGUUCGGCAGGGGAGGAAUAUCGGCGUUUUGAAUUUUGAGACACGAGAUCUGGAUAUACGGGGACUUUUUGACGACCUAGACGAGACGAUAUAUACUUG